AUGACCGCUGUAGGCAAAGAGGAGUCGCUUACAAACUUCAAGAUACCUAUGGAAUUUGGCUCUGAAGUUUUCGAUUUUUCUGAGCGCGAGAGAAAAUACCUGGUCCUCACCAACACAUGGCCUAAGUUCGUCAACGGGGUUUGGGUCCUGUCCCAGGGAGAGGGAAGAAAGGCAGGAAUGCGAAAGUUGGUGGAAGAGGGUUUCUUUGCUCGGUGUAAGAUUAGGUUUGCGUCGUCAUGGUUCCGACUCGAGAGCGACUAUCAUAGGCAGUCGCAAUGUCCACAAGCGGAGCCAUUAUUUCCUUCACAGAGGACAAAAGAGCUAGAUUCCAUGGAUGAGUUCCUACAGUCGGAGACAUUCCGUAACCUUUCGAUCAAGCGAUUAUCAGGCGCAGUCCAGAUCCCUACGGAGUCUUUCGACGACCUUGGAUCUGUAGGAGUAGAUCACCGAUGGGAUGUGUUCUACCAUUUUGCUGCAUAUCUGGAGAAGACAUUCCCUCUCGUUCAUUCAACGUUGCAAUUAGAGAAAAUCAAUACCCACGCGUUACUCUACACGUGGCCGGGCACCGACCCCUCUCUCAAGCCGACACUCCUCAUGGCGCACCAGGAUGUUGUUCCAGUUCCGAAGUCUACCAUGGGCCAAUGGACGCAUCCACCAUUUUCCGGGUUCUACGAUGGGAAAUUCAUUUGGGGUCGGGGUAGCAGUGAUUGUAAGAAUCAGCUCAUGGCCAUUCUAGAAGCCGUGGAGGCAUUGAUAGAAGGCGAGUUCAUUCCGACACGAACAGUGGUGCUCUCAUUUGGAUUUGAUGAAGAGAUAUCCGGCCAGGAAGGCGCCAACCACCUAGCUCCUGUCAUCAUCUCCAAAUUCGGCCACAAUUCCAUAGCUGUUAUAGUGGACGAAGGCGCAACAACCGCGGAAGCCUGGGGAACGAACUUCGCCAUGCCAGGAGUGGCGGAGAAAGGAUAUGUCGAUGUCGAUAUUGUGGUGCGCAUGCCAGGCGGGCAUUCAUCUAUUCCACCGGAGCAUAAUGGCAUCGGAGUUGCCGGCGAAUUGAUCACGCUCAUUGAGUCUAACCCAUACGAGCCAUAUCUAGAUGACGACAAUCCUUAUUUGUCACUUCUACAUUGCGGCGCUGAAUACGCCCCCGAAUUCCCUUCCAAACUUAAGCAUCUUCUCGGAAAGCGAGCAAUAACUCUGGGGAAGAAAGACGACUUAGCCAUCGAGGCUUCGAAAGCCGGAUUGGGGAUUAAGUAUCUGAUGACAACUUCUGUAGCCGUGGACAUCAUUCAGGGAGGCGUCAAAGUCAACGCUCUACCCGAGCGAACGCAGAUAACAGUCAACCAUCGCAUCAAUGUCGGUUCCUCCGCAUCGACUGUGCUGCACAAGCUUACCUUCUUGGCUGCGAAAGUCGCGAAGAAACACAAUCUCAGGCUGAUACCUUUCAACGGCUCAGAGACUCCAAAAUCAAUCACCCUGUCACAUCGAGACACACUUCUCCAGCCUGCCCCUGUAACACCAACGAACUUCAAACCUGGAAAGUCGACACCGUACUCUGUCCUCUCGGGUACGACGAGAGCACUCUAUGGCAAGGGCCUUCUCGUCGCUCCGGGCAUUAUGACGGGUAAUACGGAUACGAGAUAUUAUUGGGGUUUGAGCGAACAUAUUUUCCGGUACGGACCUGGUUGGGAUAAGGACCAAGAGGGACUUGGAAAUAUCCAUACGGUAGAUGAGAAGAUUGGCGUGCAGGCGCAUGUGGAUACUGUGAGAUGGAUGGGAGCGUUCAUUAGGAAUAUGGACGAGGCGGACCUGAGAAGUUGAGAUUUCUUUCCGAACGUUGGCCGGGAACCCCAUCAACUGGGAACCCAAUGUUUCUCAACAUACUCACGUGAAUAGUGAUCAACUGUUUCGUUAUAAUUAAAGAGCAAUGGUUAGCCUGCUAGAGAAAUGAAAGCAUCCAGGGAUGGAAAUGUCUACCACUCACCCGAACUUCUGUAUAGAGAGAUACAGGUAUU